AUGGCCUUCCCGCCCUUUGGACACCCGUAUGGCGGCGCAUCCCAGUUUCUGGUGUCUGCAAGUUCCAGUGCCACUUGCUGUGAAACUGCCCCACGAUCAGUGUCAGAUGUGGCCUCAGCCUCCACCUCUGCCUCUGCUCUUUGCUGUACACCCUAUGACAGUCGGCUGCUGGGCAGUGCUCGGCCAGAGCUGGGUGCUGCCUUGGGCAUCUAUGGAGCACCCUAUGCAGCUGCCCAGAGCUACCCUGGGUACCUGCCCUAUGGCCCAGAGCCAUCCCCACUGUGUGGUGCACUGAGUCCUCAGUACGAGUUUAAGGAUCCUGCAGGAAACUUUACCCCCAGCCUGACCCAGCCAGGGGCCUAUUACCCCUAUGAGCCAACUCUGGGGCAGUACCAGUAUGACAGGUAUGCUGGAGUGGAGUUGAGCAGUGCUGGCCGCAGGAAGAACGCCACCAGAGAGAGCACCAGUGCACUCAAGGCCUGGCUCCACGAGCACCGCAAGAACCCGUACCCCACCAAGGGCGAGAAGAUCAUGCUGGCCAUCAUCACCAAGAUGACCCUCACCCAGGUAUCCACCUGGUUCGCCAACGCGCGCCGGCGCCUCAAGAAGGAGAACAAGAUGACGUGGGCGCCCAAGAACAAAGGUGGGGAGGAGAGGAAAGGCGAAGACUCUCUGGGCUGCCUGGCCGAAGACACCAAAGACGCUACUGCCAGCCAGGAGGCCCAGGGGCUGCGACUGAGUGACCUAGAAGACCUGGAGGAAGAGGAGGACGAGGAGGAAGCAGAAGAAGAGGAGGCAGCAGUCUCAGCAUCCCGCAGGCUGGCAGAUUUUCCGAAGAGCGUGCGGUCCCUGCCUGUGCCCUGUGCCGCUCAAGAGAGCCGUUUGGAGAGCAGAGAGUGCGGCCUGGCGGUACCCCGCUUCUCCUUCACUGAGGCUCCGCGGUCAAGAGAAGCUGACUUCAUUACAACAGAGCCAAGUGGCCCCACAAUGAUCGUGCACUACCCAAGCGGCCAGAAACCCCGAAUCUGGUCCUUGGCUCACACUGCAGCAGCCAGCGCUGUCGAAAGUGCUCCCUCAACCCCGCCCAGGGCACAAAGUCCCGAGUGCCACAUGAUUCCCAGACAGCCCAUCUCCAUCAGGCGACUCCUGGUCCCCAGAGACUCCGAAGUCGAAGAGGAUUCUCUUGCAGCCAAAGCCUUUGGAAACUCCACGUUCGCCCUGCAGGGGCUGCCACUGAACUGUGCGCCUUGCCCUAGACGGAGGGAGCCUGAAGUGCGGUUCCAGUACCCGUCUGGAGCAGAAGGUAGUGGGACCCCAGAGGCGCUGGGAGUGCCUGUCCAAAAGAUACCCACCCAUCACCUUCCCCAGAUCUGGUGCGAAAAUGUCCAUAACACUCUUAAAGUCUAA